UCGAGCCCGAGUCCGAGCUGAGAGAGAAAAAUACGUAGAAAGCCCGUAAAAAGGAUGGCAUCCAGCCUGAAGUCGAAGAUUCCGCAGCGUGUGAAACAUUCGCUGACGGCGCUGCAUGGCCCGAAUUCCCGGAUUUGUCGCUCGCGGAGUGCCGGCCGAUCGGCGAACCGCUGCUGUUCGCUGUACCGCUCACGGCUGCCGCUGCCGGUGAGCAGUGCGCUGAGCUCGCUGGUCAAGAGCGCACCGGAAGUGGUUGGCCAGCGACCGGAAACGGAAGCGGUGAUCCGCUCGCUAGUGAAGCGAUCGAUCCCACCGCCGGUGCGCGGCAAUCGCACCUCGUUCCGUCGCAUCCAAAUGGCUCACAGUUCGCCGGUGGCGAUGACCUCGCUGGUGAUGAGGAGCCAACGCAAUUUGAAUCAGCAGAAGUAUCAAAUUUACCCGCAAGCGAAAUCAAUUGAGGAGCAGUUCUACACCGUCGAGGAUCGCGAUCUGGAUCUGGAUGAUUCCAGUGAGGAGGAGUUGGUCUCGCCGCGCAGUCUCCUCAAAUUGGUUUCCGGCAAGCGGCAACCGGAAAUGCACCUGCUGCGAUUCCUCUGCAGCGACCAUCGGCUGAUCAAUGUGCCCAGCCGUCUGAUGUACCGCCAUUCGGCGACAAUGCGACGCCGGCAAAAUGUCGAACAGCCAAUCGAAUUGAGAGCCAUUCGAUCAACGACUUUGCUGCGAGUUAUCAUGUGGAUGCACCAGAAGAACGGAACCGGAAAUGCCAAUUUUGGUGGACAGGAGGACAAACAGGAAAUGGGUUUUUGCAGCAGCGAAAUUAACGGAAUCAUCGAGAGCAAGAAGAGUUGUGAAAUUGGUCAAGAAUCUACUAAAAUACCCAGAUUGUAUGGCCAUAAAGAGAGCCUCAACACCAAGUUAAAUGCCAUACGCCCAAUUAGAGAUGUUGUGAAUGGCGAAAGUUUUGCCAGCGGAAGCGGAAGUGAAAGCCAGAAGAGCGAACUCAGUGCAGAAAGUGGAGGGAAUAAGGAAACACAUAGAGCGAUCACUCCAACAAACCCCAUAGAAACCAACAAAAGUGUAAAAAUCGGAAACGGAAGCGGAAGUGACAUCAAAGACAACACAAAUACAAUCAAUUUCGACCCAAAAACAAGCAAUACGAGAAUUAGUGUUAGCAGAAAGGCGUUCAAUGAGGUCCGAAACGAUACCGAAAAAAACUCGCGCAAUCAAGAUCAGUUUGUAUGUAGUGCCAAAAGUACUGAAACCAGCAAGCGAGAAAAUAGUGGAGACGGCAUCGAAGUCGGCAGGAAUAAGGAAAACCGGGAAAAAGUAAUCCUUACACGUGGGAAGCCAAAUUCAAGUGUUGCAAACGGAAUCGAGAACAAAGGCGAGGGAAAGUGUGGAAACCAUACUGAGAGUGCGGGGAAAGCGGAUGGGAAACCCCUUGGAAAUGGUUGCCAAUGCAAUGGGUACGUCAAGUGCAAAAGCUCCUGGGAGGAGCGUUUGCUGGGCAGCGAACUCUGCCAGCUGGUGGAGCUCAUCCUGGCCGCCCAUUUUUUGGGCGUGGACUCGCUGUGCUCGUACGCCUCGCACUAUUUUGGCGAGCUGAUGGCCCAGAGGACACGGAAGGAGGUCUGCAUCCUGCUGAGGAUCCGAGCCUGUUUGGCGGAGGUGCGACAGGUCCUCGACGGACCGCUGAUCAGGGAGAUCCUUGCCAAGGGCACCGCCAGCGUUCGCCAGCAUUGCCUGCAGGUGCCUCCAUAUCCUGUCCAUCCCAAACACUUCUUGGCCACUGGCUCCAGGGAGCCACCGCCCGAUCCCAAUUGGACACCGGUGGAGAACAGAACAUCGCGGCUACGCAGGAAUCGGGCCAUCAAAAAGGCCAGCGAAUCGACGUCCCCACUCUGCGCCCCAAAACACCGCCACCAUCAGCAUUGCUUUCACUCGAGGUUUUAAACACUCCACUAAACCCCCGAAAAACUUUUGGUUUGUAAAAGCAAACGCGCUUUUGUACUCACUUUUUGGAAACUUUCCAGUUGCAUUGUUUGCUUCUCAGUUCAGUUUAUUGGUUGGUUCUUAUACACACUUUCCAUCGCGACUCUAUGUUUGAUGAUCUAUAUAAUUGUGAAAUAAAUGCGUGGCCUUAA